UCACCAUAUAAACCCUCACUACAGUCCUCUGCACACAACCCUCCCCUGCGCCAUCGUGCAACACUUGUUGUGAAUUUCUUGCACAUUUUCCCAGUCUGCCCUCACACAAAGGUUUACAUUCACAUCCCAGCUGACGUAACUGAGAGUGGUGGAAACAUGAGGGACUGCGUGGCUUUGCUCUUCUGUGUGGCAGCUGUGACAGCAUGGAGAGUCUCUGCAGAUGCCAAGGAGUUAUCCAUCACCACCAUAAAGGAGGAGCCGUACGCCAUGAGCCGCGGCUCCGAGCUGGAGGGCUUCUGCAUUGAUCUGAUCUCUGAGCUCUCCAGGGAGCUGGGCUUUGAGUACAAAGUGAGCCUGGUGAAGGACAACCGCUACGGAGUCAAGGACCCCAGCGGCACCUGGAACGGCAUGAUGGGCGAAGUCAUCAGACGGGAGGCGGACCUGGCGGUGGCUCCGCUGACCCUCACUGCGGUUAGAGAGAUGGCCGUGGACAUGAGCACCCCCUUCAUGUACACGGGACUCGGCUUCAUCCUGCGCAGAGACCUGUCCUCUGAAGAGAGCAGCUUCAGUCUGCUGUCCCCCUUCUCCACCGACAUGUGGGCCGGUCUCCUCAUCGCCUUCCUGCUGACGGGUCUGUGCAUGUUCCUGGUGGGCAGGAUCAGUCCUGCAGAGUGGGCCGGGCCGGACACGGAGGAGCAGAACUUCACAUUGCUGCACAGCUUCUGGUACAUCACAGGAGCUCUCGCCCUGCAAGGUGCUGGUCCACACCCAAAAGGCCUUUCUGGACGUCUAGUCAGCGCCAUCUGGUGGUUGUUUGCUAUACUGCUUUUGGCCUGCUACUUUGGCAACUUCAACUCCAUGUUGCAUUCCAACAACAAACACGUCUCCAUCAAGACCUUUGAGGAACUUGCAAACCAGGACCUGAUGGACUAUGGCACUGUCGAGGGUGGAUCCACCACAGCUUUUUUUAAGAAUUCCAGAAACCCCGUGUACCGGCGCAUCUACGAGCACAUGGAGCGCAAGAAGAGCUUCGUGUCCAGCAUGGAGGAGGGCCUCCGCCUCGCCCAGGAGGGCAACUUUGCCUUCAUUGGCGAAGCCGUGUCCUUGGACUUGGCGGUGGCUCGCCACUGCCAACUGAGCCGCUCAGACGAGACCAUCACCAUGAGAGCCUACACCAUCGCAGCACCUCUGGGCUCCCCGCUGCUCAAAAACCUGACCAUCGCCAUCCUGAAGCUCAGUGAGUCUGGCGAGCUGACGCAUCUGCGACAGAAGUGGUGGUCAAGCAGCUGCGCCGCCGGCAGCAGGGCCAACACCUCCGAGGCCCUACGGCCUCACGACCUGCGGGGCCUCUUCCUGCUGCUGGGCCUGGGUCUUGGCGUCGGGCUCCUGCUGGCCUUGCUGGAGCUCCUAUCCGGAGCUCGCAACCAAGCAAAGGAUGGCAAGAAAUCGUGCUGCUCGGUGUUGACAUCAGAACUAAACCAGCGCUUUGGAAGCAAGGGGGGAAGUGCAGAAGGAGACGACUCAGGCAAAAGCAAAGCCUGAAGGAAACGUCCACAUGUUGGCUUUGGAUGGAUAGUUUGAGCUGAGUAGCGUGUUCCAUCAAACCCAGUAACUUUCUUUGUUUCCAUAGUAACGGCAUUUGUUGAGUGGUCCUGUCCGUGUUUUGUACUCCUCUAAAGGAAAAGCUUGUUGACCACAUGGGUAACAAUAACUAGCAGCUAUUUUAGUGUGUUAAAACAAACUAGCUAAUCACUGAUUUGUUUUUGAUGCCAGUGGUGGAUAUUAAAUAUCCACCAGCAUCCCUUACUUACUUCUUUCCAACUAUGAUGGAUUUAUACAGUUUAUAUUUGCUUGGAAGUUCUAAAUAAAUCCGACAAUGUCCAGAAUCGUCUUUUUUGGCAGCUGCGGUACAACUUUACUGUUAAUGUUGGAAGUUUAACUUCACUUUAGGAGAGCAAAACAUUAUCAAGACUUUAGAAUUAGAAGCAAACUUAAGCAAAGCACAUGUUUAAAGCUGCACUUUGCAAUCCGUGUGUGUUCACAUACUGGUUGGUAAAGAGAGCGAUUUAACCCUGUCAUCAUUCAGCCGUUCAUGCACUGUUCUCUGGAGCCAUCGGGAUGAUCGAAGUCAUACCAAUUCAUUCACAGCCGACCCAGAACAGAGCAGAGGAUCCAACCGCCGAUGAUCUGAUGGAAGGACACAUCCGUUGUGUCCGUUGCGGCCCAGCAUUUCCCAUAAUGCAUUGCGGGCCGAUGAGGAUGAAGAUAUCGAUAUACCAAUAAAUAUUUCCUACUUGAA